AUGGACGCUCGCAGACCUCCAGGGAAUAACAAGACUCAUCUAUUUUCCAGCCAAGGGGAAACAAAUGACUGCAUAACGAAUCAGAACGAUACAGGGGCUGUUUAUAUCAAACGUCUGCAGGAAGCCAUCGACGCUGCUGUUUGUCAACUGGUAGAUGACAUCACUUAUACUGACUAUGACAUCACAGACGGAGAAGAGUUUGACUUUAUCGUGAUAGGGGCAGGGUCCGCCGGUUGUGUUGUGGCCAACAGACUCUCGGAGAACCCCGAAUGGAGAGUCUUGUUGUUGGAGGCUGGUGGCAACCCCGACAUCUCUACUGAGAUCCCUGGCCUCUAUGGAUCAGCCAUCAAUACUGAAUUAGAUUGGCAGUUUAAAACUGAGUCUCAGCCAACUAAUUGUCUAGGGAUGGUGAAUAGGAGUUGUAGUUGGGCUGCUGGAAAAUUGGUUGGAGGAUCUAGCUCUAUACAUGGUAUGCUAUACGUUAGGGGAAAUCCAAGGGAUUUUGAUGGCUGGGAAAUUAUGGGAAACCAAGGAUGGAGAUAUGAACUCUUACUGCCGUACUUCAAGAAAUCAGAAGACUUUCGGUCAAAAUCAAUAUCGUACAGUCCAAACUUUUACAAAUUUCAUGGAAUAGGAGGUUACUUAAAAAUAGAUUCAUUCAAGGAUGACACCAGGUUCUUCACAAAUACAUUUUCUGAUUGUUUUCGAGAAUUGAAAAUUCCUUCAUACGUGGAUAUAAACGCUGAAUACCAGGGUGAGGGGUUUUACACGGUUCAGGGAACUUUGGUAAACGGAAGAAGGUGCAGUGUUGCUACAGCCUUCCUGAAUAAAUUCCAGAGCAGAGCUAAUUUGAAACUGUCACAUCAUUCUUUCGUUCGAAAAGUGAUGAUUAAUGACGAAAACGUCGCUUAUGGAGUAGAGUUGACGAAAGGGAUGAACUCCUUUACAGUUAAAGCUAAGAAAGAAGUAAUUGUUUCUGCGGGAACAGUGAAAUCACCCCAGCUGUUGAUGUUGUCCGGUAUUGGACCCAAGAAACAUCUUGAGUAUUUAGGAAUCCACGUCGUAAAAGAUUCCAAGGUUGGGUUCAAUCUACAAGAUCAAGUACUCAUGAGAGGGUUCGUUGUUAGCCUCGAUUUGGCUGGUCCUCUCGACGACCCAGUAGAUGAUAUCUUUCAAUUUUUAAUUAACUCGAGAGGAGAACUCACUGGAUUUGGUACGGUGAGUGGUGAUGGAUUUAUCAAGACUACUCACGCGUCGUAUCCAAAUAUCCAACUUUAUUUCUUUACCUUUCGUGCUAACUCGACUGAUAACUUAAAAACAGUGCUUUCUCAAGUAGGAUACAUAGACGAAAUCCAACGUUCAAUAUUACGUUUGAAUUACAAUAAAUUCAUUCUCUUCAUAGUGCCGACAUUAAUCCGACCAGAGAGUAGAGGGAGAAUUUUACUGAAAAGUACAAAUCCGGAAGAUAAACCUCUAAUAUUUCCUGGGUAUUUCUCAAGAGAGGAAGACGUUCGGGAUGUUCUAGAAGCCAUACAAUUUGCCAACCUGUUCAUUCAGACUGAGCCGAUGAAACGGUUAGGCGCCAAACUGGAGAGAAUUAACAUUUCCAGUUGUAACAAGUUCCCCUUCCAGACCGAACUGUACUGGAGAUGUAUUAUUGGACACAUGUCAACCCCAUCCUACCAUUACGUCGGCUCUUGCCAGAUGGGUCCAGAACGUAACAGAGACGCUGUGGUCGAUCCUCACCUACGGGUCCAUGGCAUCAAAGGAUUGAGAGUGGUCGAUGCUUCCAUAAUGCCUACCAUCACCAGUGGCAACACUAACGCUCCUGUGAUCGCCAUCGCUGAGAAAGGAUCGGACCUCAUCAAGCGGUUAUGGACGAAGAGAUAUUAGGAGAUGAACAAUAUUAAUACUAGUUAAGUGUUGUUGAUAAGAAAUUGUGUUGGAUUGUGGAAUGUCUCAUUUCAUUAACUUAUUU